AUGGAGGAAGUAGAGGCGCGCAUCAGAGUGAUAGAGCGCCGCGCCGAGCUCGCAGAGAUAGAGCUACGCAAGGAGAAGUUUGCAAAGCAAGGGGCAGAAAAGCAGCUCGCGAAUCUAAUGCGGUACGUUGAGAAGGCAGAGAGGGAGCGUAAGAGGAUGGAGGAUCAAAGAGAAGAGCAGAAAAAGGUAAAUAUUGAGAAGCAGAGAGUGAUGGAGGAAAAUGAGCGCAAGCAGGCGGAGGAACAGGCUCGUACUGACUCUCCGAAACACGCGGCCUCUGCAGAGGGCCAAAACGUGGAAGGCCAGGUCCACGCUAAGCCAUCCAAGAAGAACCGCAAGCGCAUUAAUAAGGCUAAGAAGGCACACGAAGUGAGAUUGAAGAAAGUGGAGCAAGAGUUGGCCAAGGCCACCGAGGACCUGAAGUUGGCGAAGUUGGAGAUAGAGGAGGGAGCUCGAGCUCGGGAGCAAGCUGAGCGCAAGGCGGCUCAAGCUAGAGUGGAGCUUCAGCAAGCAGAGAAGGCACUAAACAAAGUCUACACUCCGAUCGUCGUCCCUUCGAGGGACAUUUUCAUAGCGACGAAGAAGCGACUGGAGUACCACGAAGGCAUGUUCCAUUUCGCGAUUGCUGGUACUUCUGGUUCAGGAAAGUCGUCGCUAAUCAAUGCCGUCCGAGGACUCAAGAACAGCUCGAAAAGCCUGGAAAAAGCACCUGUCGGCGUCAUCGAGACAACGAAAGAGAUCCGCAGAUAUGUUGACCCGGACAGCACAUAUCCGUUCGCAUGGUAUGAUAUCCCGGGCGCAGGUACCUUGGACGUUCCCGAUUGGACGUACUUCAACGAUCAUGGGUUGUAUGUCUUCGACUGCAUCAUUGUCUUGUUCGACAAUCGCUUCCUAGCGACGGACGUGGCCAUUCUGCGAAAUUGUGCACGGUUCCAGAUUCCCACAUACAUCGUGCGCACGAAAUCAAAACAACACAUUACCAACCUGACGAGGGAUUUGGUGCGCGAGGAUGGUGAAGAUGAAGCAAGGCUCCGUGCAAGAGCACGCACGGAGUAUAUCAACAAGACCAAAGAGAAUGUCGCGGAGAACCUAGAGAGUGUAAAUCUGCCACAGCAAAGAGUGUAUAUGAUCGACAAGGACAACAUCGUAGAGACUGUAUGUGGAAAAGAGCCUGAUGAUUACAUCGACGAGUUGAGAGGCGUGUUUGCCUUGAUACUCUCGACUGCGUCCGACUUGUGGGCUCUACUUGACAACAAGGACAACGGAAUACCGCGGCCCACAGUUGCACUGUGGUCCGUGAUGAUAAGAGGGCUCGUGCGAUCGCUCUCUCGGGAGAUUUAUGUGCUCGCGAAUGAGCCCUUUAUAGUGCCACGAACUGUAGACGGAGAGCGAAGCAAACUUAUUGAUGGGACCGCCACGCUCCUCUUCUCGUAUGUUCUCACUGCCGCAGAUACUUCUCAGUCCUCAAGCUCAAAGAGCGAAAUGGAAGUUGACCCUGACGACGAACGGGAGUCUAUUCAUCUUCCAUUCGAUGCUCACUUACUACCGGGUCAUGGGAGGCGCUUUUCUGCAGUUAUCCCCGCAUUCGUUGUUGCGGAUAGUGAGAACAUCGUGCCACUGAUGUGCAGUAUGCUGUAUCAGCAACACGUCCUGGGCAUUCGCGAACCUGCCGUCGGUGUCGUAUUGGAAAACUCGGGCGUCAUCGGUCAGGUUGUGCUGGGAUGGCUUGAUCAUAACGUGUGCUUGCCUAAUCAGCUCCCUACUCCGCACUUGGCGUUUGCUGUCGGCUCCCGUUCGCCGGAUUCGUCUCUGGGAAUUUUCGACCUUACAGACUCCAUCUCUGCAUUUGCAUUUGCGCACUUCAUAUUAGGACUGCACGAGCACUUCCGGGAUAUUGGCAAAGCCCUCUCCAUGGACCUCGACAUUGCCCACCCUCCAAUUUCAUGGCGAUCAGACCUAAUCGAUUGCAUAGCUGAAUCAGGAGAACACGCCUGGAAGAGAACACGCCUGGAAUAG